AGGUGCCUCGUAACUUUUUCAUCUAUCCAUGGGAUUCAACGAACUCAUCACCGACAAGUCCAAUCCUGUCGGGUAUAUCAACACGGGGCUGCGUGAGUUCGCAAUAGACUCCAGGAGGCUCAUCCAGAAAUGCGAGAAACCUGAUGCUAAGGAAUUCAAGAAGAUGGCGUCAGCGUGCUUCAUCGGCUUCUGCAUCAUGGGGUUCAUCGGAUACAGCAUCAAGUUGGUCUUCAUCCCUAUCAAUAACAUCAUCAUGGGCUCUUAAGUACGUGUAUAGUUGAUGAUAGUGAAAUGGUGACGGAUUCACAUCGCACUGCGUUUUUACGGGGCUUUAGUGAUGGUAUUUGGGCUCCUCCCUGCUGAUGCUGCUGCUGCCUUGUCUGUGACACUAUCAUCUAUGUUGUCUCCUGUUGGCUAUCUCGAAGGGCUGAUCAACACUGCUGAGUAGCACUAGC